GGGCGACUGCGGCCUACAGCUCGCCUCUGCGUCGGGGCCUCGCAGCUCAGCCGCCGCGGAGGGCCUGCGCUGUAGCUCCUUCCAGGCCAGGUUCCGAAGACGGCGCCUCACCGGAGCGCAGGAACCAGGUCGAGUGGGCCUCCGCGCGACUCUCCCCGAGGCCCGGCACCCCCACUUGGAUUCCAGGGCCCCAGAACUCACGCCCACCCAGGUCAGGUUCGCUUUCUCCUUUCUUUUCCCGGCCUAACUAGGUUCCUCUUCCCCACAGUUGCGUCUAGUGGUCCCAGGGCUCCGGAAAGUUUCGAAUGAGCCUAUCCCAACACUUAGAAAUGGAGCUUUGGAACCUGGGAGUCCAGGAGAGUCGCCUUUAGGGCUCCUGGUCGCCGGCUUCUGCGUUUUCUUCCUCUCCAAAGUUUUGAAUCCCCUUCCUGUUUCACGUUCACUACCACCCGAGGUGCCAUGGCCCCCAAGCCUUGGAGUGAGUGGAGCACGACCCUCUCCCACCUGGCACUGGGAGUGGUGUCUCUGCAUGCAGCCGUGCGCACUGCCCAGGCAAGUCGAGGGGCCGCUGCUGGCUUCCUGCUCCACGCCUUGGCCUCUGCCACCAUGCUGGCCCCAGGGCUGGGCACCGAUGAAGACUGUCUUGCUGGAGCCUGGGUGGCCACUGUCAUUGGCCUGCCCCUUCUGGCCUUCGAUUUCCACUGGUGUACUAACGGUCACUUGAUGUGCGCUGGCUGUUUUAUCCACCUACUAGCAGAUGCCCGGCUGAAGGAGGAGCAGGCCACAUGCCCUAACUGUCGUUGUGAGAUCAGUAAGAGCCUCUGCUGCCGCAACCUGGCUGUGGAGAAAGCCGUGAGCGAGCUGCCCUCCGAGUGUGGCUUCUGCCUGCGCCAGUUUCCCCGCUCCCUCCUGGAGAGGCACCAGAAAGAGGAGUGCCAGGACAGGGUGACCCAGUGCAAAUAUAAGCGCAUCGGCUGCCCGUGGCAUGGCCCCUUCCACGAGCUGACGGUGCAUGAGGCUGCAUGUGCCCACCCAACCAAGACGGGCAAUGAGCUGAUGGAGAUCCUAGACGAGAUGGACCAGAGCCACCGCAAGGAGAUGCAGCUCUACAACAGCAUCUUUAGCCUGCUCAGCUUUGAGAAGAUCGGUUACACAGAGGUCCAGUUUCGGCCGUACCGCACGGAUGACUUCAUCACGCGCCUGUACUACGAGACGCCAAGGUUCACGGUGCUGAACCAGACGUGGGUCCUGAAGGCGCGCGUGAACGACUCCGAGCGUAACCCCAACCUGUCGUGCAAGCGCACACUCUCCUUCCAGCUUCUCCUCAAGAGCAAGGUCACGGCGCCCCUGGAGUGCUCCUUCCUGCUGCUCAAGGGUCCCUAUGACGACGUGAAGAUCAGCCCGGUCAUCUACCACUUCGUCUUCACCAACGAGAGCAACGAGACGGACUACGUGCCCCUGCCCAUCGUCGACUCCGUGGAGUGCAACAAGCUGCUGGCCGCCAAGAACAUCAACCUGCGGCUCUUCCUGUUCCAGAUACAGAAGUAGGCGGCUCCGCUGUGCUGCCCACGCCUGCCCAGCGGUGGCUUCACCAUGCUGUCUGACCAUUUGAGCAACGGAGGGGAAGGAAUGAAUGCGAACAUUGGAAAGUCUGCAUGCGUGUGCGAAGGUGUGAGUGCUCACGCCUCACGCUCUGCCCCGCCUCCCCUGUCCCAGGCACCGGAGGCUGGGCCACCUGCAGAGGAAACGGUGGCUCAGGGACACCAUGGGGCUAAGCCCAGUGGCCACGCCCUGGCCCCCAGUGGCGCAGUGAGGCGCACCGUCUGCUCUGGGCCGUGCCCGGCCCCUGGGCCGGGCUCGGGGAGCACGCUGACUUCAGACGGCAUAUUUGAUUGCAAUUAAAAAGGCACCCUUGUUUCCUA